CGCGCUUGACAACGGUGUCCAGUGGCCCACAGGCAGGACGGCGAUAUUUAUCCCAAAUAAAUGAACUUACCGCCCGGACUCAGCCGUCGGUGAUGGAUACGCGGUAGUUCGGGUGUUUUAUGGUGUUUUACGGUGUGUCUGAGUUCAUGUUUUUAAGAUAAACCGGCAGAGUUUAGCUAACUUAGCAGAAUUGUUCCACCCGGGGAAGGAAGUUUGCCGCGGCGGAGGAAACAUAAUAGGAAACCGGGCAGGGCCGACACAUCCCGACACAUCCCGACAUGGAGGACUCCGGCUCGGCCCUGGAGAAGAAUGUGGCCGACCUCACGGUGAUGGACGUGUACGACAUCGCCGCGGUGGUGGGCCAGGAGUUCGAGCGGAUCAUAGACCAGUACGGCUGCGAGGCGCUGUCCCGGCUGAUGCCCAAAGUGGUCCGGGUGCUGGAGAUCCUGGAGGUGAUGGUGAGCCGCAACAGCAUCAGCCCGGAGACCGAGGAGCUGCGGCUGGAGCUGGACAAGCUGCGGCUGGAGCGGCUGGACCGGCUGGAGAAGGAGAAGAAGCACAGGAAGGAGCUGGAGCUGGUGGAGGACGUGUGGAGAGGAGAAGCUCAGGACCUGCUCUCCCAGAUCGCUCAGCUGCAGGAGGAGAACAAAAGCCUCCUCACCAACAUGUCCAUCAAAGACCCCAUGAGUGAGGAGGACCUGCAGAGGCACGAGGGUAUGACGGAGAGAGAGAGGCAGGUGAUGAAGAAGCUUAAAGAAGUGGUGGACAAGCAGAGAGACGAGAUUCGAGCCAAGGACCGUGAGCUCACACUGAAAAAUGAGGACAUAGAAGCACUCCAGCAGCAGCAGUCUCGUCUCAUGAAAAUCAACCACGACCUGCGCCAUAAAAUCUCAGUGGUGGAGGCGCAAGGGAAAGCUCUGAUUGAACAGAAGGUGGAACUGGAGGCCGGGGCUCAGGCGCGGGGACAGGAAGUCACUGCCCUUCGGCAGGAAGUUACACGCUUGAGGGAAAGACUUCAAGGUGACCUGCCGGCCCAGAACCUUGAGGAGCCUCCACCUCAGCCCCCCUCACCUGCAGAGCGUGGUAAAGCUGCUGCAGUGGUUGCGGGGGCUCAGGGCUGGUCGGACAGACCUGACCCCUCUGAGCUGAUGUUUGGUGGGUUUGAUCCUUCCCCACGACCCCUGCCUGGUUCCCUCAGCCCAGAGGGACACGAGGAUGGGGAGGAGGAGGCUGAGGACGAGGCAGUGUUGCUUUGGGAGGCGAUGUGCGAUGAGGACAUGCCUGCUGUGUUCCAAUAUUUUACCAAGGAGGCGUUGUGCGAGGAGGAGUCGGGAGGCCUGGACCCAAAGGACCCCAACCGGCCCCGGUUUACGCUGCAGGAGCUGAGGGAUGUCCUCCACGAGAGGAACGAGCUCAAGGCCAAAGUCUUUCUGCUGCAGGAGGAGCUGGCCUACUACAAAAGUGAUGAGACAGAGGAUGAGAUUGUUACUCCUUCUCCUUCUCCCUCACCUGAACUGAGGACUCGCUCCCGUUCUUCUGCCCAGCCAGAGUCAGGAAUCAAACGCUUGUUUAGUUUCUUCUCACGGGACAAGCAGCGGAACUCGCAGCGGGGUGCGCAGAUUGACGUCGGCUUCGGCUCGUGGGCGGGGAAAGACGACGUGUACACAGAACAAGCCCAGGAGGCGUUGCAGCACUUGUAGUCCCACCUGGACGGGAUAUGUCGAGGUUACUCAAAACUCCCAGAACUCUUAACACUCCCAUGUCCAUCACUCGAGGCCAGCUUGUGAAGCGUUGAUCGCACGCCAGUCCACCACUAGUGACUCACACUGCAACCGCAAUAUCAUGUGCUUGAGGUGAGAAGGCCGACAGAAAGAAGAGUGAGCGGAUCACCUUGAAUGAGGCUGCAGCUUUUAGAUAAAGAUGUUCCAAAAACCUUUUUUUACAAAAGGACCACAAGUUUAAAAAUACUAGAAAAUGGUGCAUGAAGGAUUUUACAGAGUCAGACACGAUGAUCUGUAGAUGAGAGGGUAAACUCAAGUUCAGUGAAGGAAAACGGAAAGUUAAUGCAAAUCAAGUGGUUAACGAUAUGUUGGUAUAAGUCCAGAAUAAACGUAAGUGGGUGAAAAGUACGACGGAGGGGAAGGCUUGGGAAACAAAAUGGUGCUGUAAAAGUCUAUUCCAGCUAUUUGAUGACCGAGGAGGGUUUUAUAUACAGUAUAUAUUAUGAAGAAUAAUAAGAAAAUACAAUAAAAAAAUAUAAAAUCAAAGGCAAACAUGCAAAUAAAACAAUAACAUGACACUUUUGUGUCCCAAUAAUGUAUUUGAACUUUCUGGCCUUGUUCAUGUGGGUGGCUGGCAGGUACAUCACAUCACCAGCAUUUUGGCAAAUUCAAACUAUGCAGCUCAGCCGUAUAAAAUGAUGCUUAGAAUCACAAUUUAAAAGCGUCACGCAACAUACAGCAAGUGUGGAAGCCCAUUUCUGCCAAAGAAAGAAAGAAAAAACACACACAGAGGGUUAGACAUGAUAGAAAUCCAUGGUACGUCAACUCACAGUUUUGACUUAGUGUCUAAUUAGUUUUACUUAAUAACUAAUUGUAGUGGCCGUUUGUCAACAAACAAAAUAAAGUUAAACUUAAAUCAAACCUUCAAACGACAACUUCUAGCACCCUGGGCAGGUAAUGUACGCAGGCGAGAAAUAAAAUCAAAUUCAAACUGGAUUCAGGGUUUGUGGCUGGUUUAUUUGUUCCAACUGAGCAAGCAAUACAGCAUCUCUCACGCUGGUAAAAAACCAUGUGCCCAUCACCCAGGUGCUGCUGCUCACUUCCUACUUCCUACCUAUAUUUACCCUCACCUGUGCCCACUACUGCCCUCAGGUGUCUAAAUCAAACAUUGCAAUUAUUAAACUAACCAAAAAUAAAGACUAAACAUAUAUAUAAAACAAUUAACUAAACAAACAACAAAAAAACAUUAUCAAAAUAUGUAUACAUAUAUACGUAUUUCUAAUGUAAACAAAAUCAUAAUAAUAAUCAAUUUAAUUAACAAAUUACCACUACUGAAAGCAAACUAAUGUAGCUUCAACACUAAUUGUUUCUCACCAAGUCAAAACUGAUGACUUGCCGAGUCAAUAUUAUGAGAGCGUAUCUCAUAAUUUAGAUUUUUAAUAAUAGCAAGUCAUCAUAGUUUUAACUCACUAUCUUCUAAUUUAGUUUUAAUAAUAACCAUAAGUCAUCAUAGUUUUGACCUAAUAUCUCCUAAUUUAGAUUUUUUAAAAUAACCAUUAGUCAUUAUAGUUUUGACUUGAUAUCUUAUCUUUUUAUCAUGCAUAACUCAUGUUUUUUUCUUUUCCCGUUGUCAGUGGGCUUCCAUUAUGUUCAGUGUACACUUCUCUCACAACUAACUCACAGUUAUGAAAUGGACUCAAAUGACUACGUAAGAGCAGCGUGGAAAAUCCGCUAAUAUCCACCAUCCAGAGCCACAAAACACCCAUCGCACAUCGUUCUCAUAUUCAAUCCUACAGUCUGACGAUAACAGUAAUUUAUCACAGUAUCACCAGCUGCACCAAAGCAGGUUGUAAUCUAUGACCGUCCUCUUUGGUAAUAAAGCCAACAGAUGCAGUUUAUCGAAGAAAACAAAGUAACUCAACAGCCUUAUAGCCUUUGAGCACUCCAGGACACUGUAUAACUAGAUUCACAAAAGCAGCAUUGUCAGUACUAAACUCCUGUGAGAUGCCUAUUAAUUUAUUUGUGUUUUUAAUAUAACUGAGGAGAAAAACAUUGAUUUCCUGCCUGUAUUUAGAGAAGGCUAAAUAAAACCUGAUCAGAGCAUCCUUAAAAGGUUCAGUCUGGUGACAGUCCAUAUUUUUCGUCAUGUCAACAAAUCCCAUAGCUCACACACACUGUCGUUUAUUUUCACACUAUCGCCCCGCUGCCCCGAAUACUCAGAGCAGUAAAUGUGGAUUAAUCCUCCGCUUAAACUAGCAUUUUUUAAAGGAUUAAUAUCUUCACUAUGAACCAAAGGGCUUGGGGGCUGGAGAGCCACAGACAGGACGUCAGAGAGUGUUCAGAAACACAUUGUUGAUUUUUGUCCUUCCAUGAGAUUUGUUAAAAAUAAGUAAAAUAUAGAAAAACACCAGCCUUGUUCUUUAAAAUCCUCUAUUCCCGUAAAUAAGGCACGCACAUGAGCCACUGAGCUGGAUUGUAUUUUUAAAAAGAAAAACGUUCAUAGUAAUGUUCUGCAAGUUUUCCCACGAAGGAAGUAAAAGGUUUUUUUUAACCUACUCUUUUGUCACCCUAAACAUCAUAGCUACCUUUAAGCUCACAUCAAGUAGAAAAGACACAGCAAGAUGCGCUUGCAUAUUGAGGCUUGCUAAAUACACUUGUGCUUUUAUGCAUCAUUUAUACAAGGCCUCAAAUAUAGACGUGGUUUCAAAGCUAUGUUAUGAGCAACAGCGUAUGAUUUGAAUACAAUGAAAAAUCAUGACGUUGCAUCACAAGUAACAUUUAAAAUCUUCCUCAGUUUGAGCUCAGGAGGCUGCUGAGAGGUUUCAAGUGUGGUUUACGUUUUAUAAAGAAAGGCUACAUCGGUGGUUGCAGCUUCUGCUUUUACAGCUUGCCUUCACGCUUUAAACACUGACUGAUGUCCUCAACCCGGAGAGGCAGUGAGUAAGCUGUGUGGUGUGUUUUAAAAGUAGCGGCACUUUAUCUUCAUUUAUACUCACCCAGCGAGGGGGGAUAAAUUAAUCUGAAAUGACAAAAACACUGUCAAGAGGCUUAAAAUGAAUGUGUGUCAAUGAGUGUGUAAGCAGCUACCCGUGUUUUUACAUAUUUGAAGACAAAAUAAUAUUUAUUGCAAGAAAGCAUCACAUUCUAGACGCUUGAAGUCAAAGGGAUCUGGACAGUUUAGACGUGAACAUAGUGAAACAUUUAAAGGGAAAUCUCAGACAUGGCAACAUUUCCAAAUGCUCACUCCAGCUUGUCAGCUCGUUAUUUAAGUCCGUGGCGAUCACCAUCUCAUGCGUUUCUCUGAUUAAAAUGGAUAUUUAAAAGAUAUCAUGAAUGGAUCAUCGUUUUAUUAAAUGAGCUGGCUUUCAUUCAAACAUGUCUCUGCAAUAAUAAACAAUUCUGUAAUGUUUAA